UGAAUAAUGGCGUUGCACACCUUUACAACGUGACCUUUCGACAUUUUUUUUCGAUGAGCACGGAUGUAAAAUUGAAUUCAGACUGACACAAAUGUAAGACAUUCAAUAGAAUAUUACCACGAUUAUAUGAUCCAUUAUGUCAUUGUUGAGAGUGGACCUUAAUAGCAGUUUGUGUGAUUUUUUCUCUUCUCGUGAUUAUGGAACAUAAACACAGUCGCUUUCUAUCUUGUCUGCACGUCGAACGGUAUUUCCUCCUCUCCCGAUGGACAGUUCUGGAACUUUAAAUAUAACGACGUGAGUGUCAACAUCUUGACUCCAUAUGCAUGUAUCAUCAAACCAUUGAAAUGAUGAGGUUUCUCACCCCACCGCUUUUGAACGAGCUGCGGCGGCGUCUCUCGCUGUUAUCCACUGUCGCAAAUAAACAGCUACCACUCACCUGCCUUCUCCCACCCCACCACUCUGCACCCCUAAGCCGGCCUCUCUAUACUGGGGCCACACUAAGAAAAGAUGUACCCCUCCCUCAGUCUAAAGGAGAUCAGACUGAAGAGAAACUGGACCUGGACAUAUGGAAGUCUGUGAUGAGGUUUCAGGUCCCAGCGGUGGAGAUGGAGGAGAAACAGGGAGGUGAGGAGGGAGGUGGUGGUGCUGCUCCUUCAGGACCAGGAGGAGGUGUAGCAGGGCAGGAGGAGGUCUCCCCACUGGAGGCCACCAGAGAGCUGGUAGUGAUGUGGCGUCAGGCUGGGAAGCUGGUGCCAGAGACCAUGACUGACGAGGAGCUGGGGAUCCUGGCCGAGUUCCAAACCAAGUCCUCCAAGAAGAAGUACCUGAAAUACCUGGCCAUCAAGGAGAGCCACAAGAACAACCACAAGCAGAAACAGGAGAAGAAGAAGGCAGAGAGGAGCGAGAGGUUCCUGGAGGACGAUAGGAUCAGGCCUGGCGGUGUGAGAGGAGAGGAGGGGGAACUGAGGAACACUUUCCUUCUCCAGUUCUGGGGUCGUUCCCUGGACAAGCUGCUGGGGUGGAGGUCGGCCCAGGCCGUGGUGUUCGGUCAGCCGCUGGUGUUCGAUAUGUCCUACGAACAGCAGAUGACGCGUCGGGAGGUGGAGAACACUGUGUCCCAGCUGAUGGAGGUGGAGGGGUGGAACCGCCGAGCCCCGGACCCCUUCCACCUACACUUCUGUAACUUGCAGCCGGACGGGGGUUACCACAGGGAGCUGGUUAAACGCUACGGCGCCGAGGCCUGGGAGCGCCUCCUCAUCACCUCCACAGAGCAACGUCACGUGGACCUGUUCCCCCGGGACGACCUGGUCUACCUGACGGCGGACUCCCCCAACGUCCUCCGUACCUUCGACAACUCUAAGGUCUACGUCGUGGGCUCCAUGGUGGACCGCUCCAUCCAAUCAGGGCUCUCCCUGGCCAACGCCAAGCGUCUGAAGCUGAAUACGGCCCGUCUGCCGCUUGACGACUUCCUCCAAUGGGAGACGGGGGCCAAGAACCUGACCCUGGAUCAGAUGAUACGCAUCUUGCUGACACUGAAGGAGAGUGGGAGGUGGGAGGAGGCGCUGGAGCACGUACCCAAGAGGAAACAUGAUGGAUUCUACCAGGAGAAACCCCAGCGGGACAGAGACAGAGGCUCAGAUAAGGACGGGAGGUUUAGUGGCAGAACCAGAGGAGACACAGGGUUCAGGGCUGGGGACAGAGACAGAGGCUCAGAUAAGGACGGGAGGUUUAGUGGCAGAACCAGAGGAGACACAGGGUUCAGGGCUGGGGACAGAGACUGUGAUAGAACAUUCAGGAGUGGGGACAGAGAGAGGGCAUUUAGUAGAAGAGACAGUGUAUUGAAGAGUGGGGACAGAGCAGUCAGGACUGGAGACAGUGACAGAGCAGUCAGGACUGGAGACAGAGGAGACAGUGACAGAGCAGUCAGGACUGGAGACAGAGGAGACAGUGACAGAGCAGUCAGGACUGGAGACAGAGGAGACAGUGACAGAGCAGUCAGGACUGGAGACAGAGGAGAC